UACCUCCUUGUGCCUCUGCUCACAAACUUCCAUCUCCUACCUUCUUGUGCCUCUACUCAUAAACUUCCAUCCUCUACCUUCUUGUGCCUCUUCUCAUAGAGUUCCAUCUCCUACCUUCUUGUGCCUCUUCUCAUAGAGUCCCACUUUCUGUCCCCGUGCUAAUAGUACAUUAUAUCCUGAUGUGUUUUGUCUCCAAAGGCUCUAUAUUCUAUCCCGAUGUUCCUCUUCCUAUAGAGUGUCAUCUGCUCUACCCAUUUAGCCGUCUUUUUUUCCACUUUUUCUGCUCUUAGACUGCUAUUUUCUUGGUCUGCCUGCGCUCGGUGUUAUCGCCGUCCAGCUGCCACAAGAGAGCUGUAGCGGCUGCCUACAGAGGUUGGACUUUUCAUAGAAGCAUCCGCAGUAUAACAAUGCCUCCACAGGAGCCUCCUGAUAUAUACAGCAUCAGCAUGGAUGGGAAAAAACCCAAAGCCGAAGAGAAAAAGAAGAAAAGCAUUUUUAAUAGAAAGUCGGAGAAAAAAGUGGAAAGCCUGAAAAAAGAACUGGAGAUUAGGGACCAUACUUUAACCAUACAGGAACUGGAAAAUAAAUAUACGGUGGAUGUUACGAAGGGUCUGGGUCCUGAGGAUGCCCAGCAACGUCUUAACCGCGACGGACUCAACAAACUGACUCCUCCAAAGGGCACUCCGGAAAUCGUAAAGUUCCUGAAGCUGAUGGCCGGGGGCUUUUCCAUUGUCUUCUGGAUUGGGUCGAUAUUGUGCUUCCUUGCCUAUGGUCUUCAGGCUGGACAGGAUCCCACCGUGUCGAAGGAUAAUCUAUGGUUGGCAAUCAUCCUGAUCGCGGUUGUGGUGGUGACAGCCCUUUUCGCGUAUUAUCAGGAAGCUAAAAGCACAAACAUUAUGGCCGGCUUCAAAAACAUGGUCCCACAGCAAGCACUGGUUCUGCGUGGUGGGAAGCGCAUUGAGGUCAUUGCGGAGAAGCUGGUGACCGGAGACAUUGUAUACAUUAAAGGGGGAGACAAAAUCCCUGCCGACGUACGUUUCUUUGAGAUCCAAGGCUGCAAGGUGGACAACUCAUCUCUGACAGGUGAGUCGGAACCACAGCCUCGAUCCACAGAAUGCACCGACGAGAAUCCUUUGGAGACCAAGAAUCUGGGGUUCUAUUCCACCACGUGCUUAGAAGGAGCCGCUUGCGGAAUUGUAAUCAGCACGGGAGACCGAACAGUGAUCGGACGCAUUGCAUCGCUAGCCUCGCAAGUCGGAGAUCAAAAGACACCCAUCGCCAUGGAGAUUGAACACUUUGUACAGAUGAUCAGUGGCCUUGCGGUGGGAGUUGGAGUUGUCUUCUUCAUCAUCUCCAUCUCUAUGGGAUACACUGCCCUUAAUGCCAUUAUAUUCUGUAUUGGCAUUGUAGUGGCGUACGUGCCCGAGGGAUUGUUGGCCACCGUCACCGUCUGCCUCUCCCUCACCGCCAAGCGCAUGGCCAAGAAGAACUGUCUUGUGAAGAACUUGGAGGCUGUGGAGACUCUUGGAUCUACCUCGGUCAUCUGCUCCGACAAGACCGGCACUCUAACCCAGAACCGCAUGACGGUGGCGCACAUGUGGUUCGAUAACAUCAUUCACAAUGCAGACACCUCUGAAGAUCAAACAGGUGACUUGUUUGAUCAGAGCUCCCCCACCUGGCAGUCACUGGUCAUGAUCGCUACAUUGUGCAACCGUGCCGAAUUCAGCUCAGACCAGGAGGAAAUCCCCAUAAGUAAGAGACAAGUCAACGGAGAUGCCUCAGAAGCAGCUCUAUUAAAAUUUACAGAGCAGCUUUUGGGGGGCGUUAUGGAGCUGAGACAACGGAACAAGAAAGUCAUAGAGAUCCCAUUCAAUUCAAGCAACAAAUACCAGGUCUCCAUCCAUGUGCCAGAAGACUCCUCCAAGAAUGGAUAUCUGCUGGUGAUGAAGGGAGCCCCAGAGAGGAUUUUGGAUCGAUGUGACACCAUCAUGAUAGGGGGCCAAGAAUGGCCUCUUGAUGACGAAAUGAAGGAUAACUUUCAGAAAGCCUACUUAUGCCUAGGCAGUCUUGGGGAGAGAGUUUUGGGCUUCUGCCAGCUACAGCUCCCUGCUUCCACCUAUGGGCCUGGUUACCCAUUCGAUGUCGAUAACUUGAAUUUUCCACUGAGCGGGUUGUGCUUCGUGGGGCUUAUCUCCAUGAUUGACCCACCUCGUUCCAGUGUUCCAGAUGCAGUCAUGAAGUGCCGUAGCUCCGGCAUCAAGAUUAUCAUGGUCACUGGGGACCACCCGAUUACUGCAAAGGCAAUUGCACGGAGCGUGGGAAUCAUUUCAAGUGGAAGCGAAACAGUAGAAGACAUCGCAGAAAGACUAAAGAUUCCCAUCGGAAGUGUCAACCCCAGAGAUGCAAAAGCCAUUGUGGUGAAUGGUGCUGAGAUCGCUGACAUGACCUCGGAUCAGUUGGACAAUAUCCUACAACAUCAUCUGGAAAUAGUGUUCGCCAGGACGUCGCCGCAGCAGAAAUUACUGAUUGUUGAGGGAUGCCAAAGGCUGGGAUCAAUUGUGGCUGUCACCGGAGACGGAGUCAAUGACUCUCCGGCCUUGAAGAAAGCUGAUAUUGGAGUAGCCAUGGGAAUUGCUGGAUCAGACGCAGCCAAACACGCAGCGGACAUGAUUUUGCUGGAUGAUAACUUUGCCUCAAUCGUCACAGGCGUGGAAGAGGGUCGCCUGAUAUUUGAUAACUUGAAGAAGUCCAUUGGAUACACCGUGACCAAGAACAUCCCUGAAAUGAUCCCCUUUAUGGUCUACGUUAUCAUCAGCUGCCCCCUACCCCUGGGCACCAUCACUAUCCUCUUCAUAGAACUGGGCACUGAUAUUAUCCCCUCCAUCGCUUUGGCGUAUGAAAAAGCAGAGAAUGACAUCAUGACUCGAAAACCCCGCCAUCCUAAGAAAGACCGCCUGGUGAAUCAGCAGUUGCUGGCGUAUUCUUAUUUCAACAUAGCUGCCAUAGAAUCUUUUGCCGGCUUCAUGAAUUACUUCACCGUCAUGGCUCAACAGGGCUUCCUUCCAGGAACCUUGUUAGGACUCCGAGCUCCUUGGGAGGACAAAAAUAUCCAGGAACUGGAAGACAGUUAUGGACAGGAAUGGACAUAUACCCAGCGGUUAUACCAGGAGUGGUACUGUUACACUGCCUUCUUUAUCGGCAUCGUCAGCUGCCAGAUGAUGAAUACUGUGAUCCGUAAGACGAGGAGGAACACGAUCUUAACCCGUAAUUUCUUCAGAAAUAAGAUCAUCUUCUUGGGGGUGCUGUCACAAAUUGUUAUCGGUGUUUUCCUUUGUUAUUGCCCCGGGAUGGAUGAAGCUCUACAUUUUAUGCCCUUAAGGGUCGAGUACUGGUUUGUGACCAUAGAGUACACCAUCCUCGUACUGGUCUACGAUGAACUAAGGAAACUUCUCAUCCGAAAAUUCCCUGGCUCUUGGGUGGACAGAGAACUUUACUAUUAAAGACUGUUUGUACCGAAGAGGUUGAACUGCUGGAAAACUUUCCCCGAAAGAAAAAAAAUACUUAAAAGCCUCUACGGUCAUCUUUAUGUAUAUUUUGUAUAAUUGUAAAUUAAAAACUGUAAUUAAAAAAAAAAGCACUUUUAUGGAAAAAAAAAUAUUGCAUGUUGUUUAAUAGCUGAAUAAUAGGAACUUACAAUAAAUUGAAAUCCGUCGGG